AUGCAUUUGCUCCUUCUAGUAGCCACAUUAUUGAUGGCAGUUGCUUUCGCCAGCGAUGCCAACAACGCCCAGGUCAAAGAACGACAAACCACUUCCGCGCCCACGCCAGCAAGAACAUCCCUUCCCGCAUCAUCAACAACAAAAGGGACAACGCAACCAUUCAUUAACGUGCCCUACGUUUCCAGCCUCCUCAAUAACUACCUAGACAUCAUCACCAGCCUCGGGCCUAUGCUCCCGAGCCCAACUACGACCGUGGGCCUGUCUAUUCCGGAGGUCCUCAAAGCCCAGAUAUACACAGCCAUCCCGCCAUCAGUCCUCGUGCAGCUCAUGAACACGUCCUAUCGUGCCAGCGUGUCGGCGGAUUUUGCGUCUGGCUCUACGCCGGCUUGGUAUCAGGAGCUAUCGCCAGAAUUGCGAACGUUCCUCAAAAACGUGGCCGGCACAGUACAUACCGGCGACAAGGCGUGGACUAAAGCCACCCAAGAAACAGCCGCCGCGGUGCAGUCAGUCACGAGCUCCGCGCUUGCUCCUGCGCCGAUCCCGGAGGCUGCGAGGAGGGCAGCAGUCGCGGGUGCCGCGGGCCUUGUUGGUGCUGUGGGUUACGCCUUGUUGUAA